GCUUUUUUGGAAUGGAGUCUCAAACCUAGGGGUUUCUAUCUCCUCCCCAUACCCCUGGAAUCCCAUACCCACCUCCCCCCAAAGAUUCAAAAUCCAUUCCACCAAAGUUUCUAACCCUAGCUCACAAAAGAGGGAAGAGAAAGAACGGUUCAGCCGCCCACCAUUACCGAUUCACCGGCGAUCUACUCUCAGGCGACCGUCAAUCCGGAGACCAUCACCGGUGACCGUCAUCUUGUCCGGUGGGAUAAUUCGCGGUUGGGAUGGAUAUUGGUCAAAGUUCUCAAGGAGGAAGAGGAAAAAAUAAACGUUCAUGGACAAAAGCUGAAGAAGAAGUUCUAAUUAAUAGCCUAUUGGAAAUGACUACAGACCCGUCUUGGAAAGCUGAUGGAAGUUUUAAGAGUGGCUUUAAAAAUAAGUUGGAAGAGAAAUUGAAUGAUAAAUUUCCAGGAUGUGGUCUCAAAGUCGUUCCUCACAUCGAGUCAAAAAUCAAAUGGUUUAGGGACAAAUACAAUGUGCUAUCAGAAAUGUUUCGUACUUCAGGAUUUUCGUGGGAUGAAGAGAAAAAAUUAAUACUAUGUGAGAGACAAUCUUAUGAUGAUUUUUGUAAGCAACAUAAAAAUGCUCAAGGGUUAUGGAAUGUUCCAUUUCCUUUCUUUGACCAAUUAGCAACUAUUUAUGGAUGUGAUCGAGCUACAGGGGCUAAUUCCGAAACUUUUGUACAAGUUGUGGGUAAUCAACAAAAUGAGACUAUUAACUUGGAUAAGGAUCAAACUGAUGAAGAUGAUGACAUUGAGGAUACCGAGUCAGUGAAUCAAUCAAAUCAAUCAACUCCAGGUGAACCUUCUUCAAAGAGAUCAAAGGAGAAGACUCCAAAAGGAAAACUGAGGAAGAGAAAGUUACCAGAGGUUGUAGAUUUAACUUCUUCUUUUAACAAUGUCAUCUAGCUUAUCUGGUUUCAUGAGUGACAUGAACACUCAUAUGUCAACUAUUGCAAGUGCCUUGUCUACCACACAACAACAUGAACAAGUGAUCAUGGCUCGUGAACAAGAAGUAGAGGAACAAAAGAAGACUUUGAUAAAUGAGCUCCUAAAUGUACCAGGUUUGACUAGAUAUGAAGCAUUAUUAGCAUCGAAAAAGUUAGCAUCUAAUCCAAGUGAUCUCUCCCUUUUUUACCAAAGCCCAGAUGAUGAGUGGAAGAAAGAUUUUGUCCUCAAUCUCAUUCAUCCUCAUAUUCGCUCGAAUGAUAGUGCUUGAUAUCUUAUUAGUUUAGCCGUAUUUUUGGUUUGCGAAAAACUUUGAAGGGUUUUGGCAUUGAUGCCUUGUUAAAGAUUUAUCAUAUUUUGGGUGAAGUCACAAUAUUUUGGUAUUUGAUGAUGAUGUAAACAUUAACAUUUACAUUCGAAUUUUAUUUUGGGAUAAUUAUUUGUG